UCAUCCUCGCCGUAGCUUCUUGUAAGUUCCCAUGUGUGUCUCCUUUCUCAUCUUCUUCCUCACUUCAUCCCCCUCUACAGAUUGCACAAGCUGCAUCGCUGCAUGUUCAUUCCAGGAUCCAAGCCAUGGAUUUCCAUAGCCGCAUGAAGGCCAUUCUUGUUGCCCUUACCUUCCUGUCCAUGGUAGCUUUGUCGCCUAACAUGUACACCUACCUAAGGGCCUUCUUCAUGGAGUCCCUCCCUCCUGUCGUCUCCACUGUUGUCACACCCAAGUGUCUCUUUGUCUUCUCCAACAUUAUUGUGGUGUUCCUCAUCAGCGAGUCCAAGCUCUCACGUGCUAACAUUGCUGCAAGGAACGAGAGCGUGCUAAAUGGUUAUCAUAAGCAGGAGGAGGUGCUGGUGACAGAGGCAUUGCUGCCGGCGAUCCCUGAAGAUACCAAGCAAGGACUACAGAGCAGCAUGGUAAUGGAAGUAGGCGAAGAGCAGGAUGCUGCAGCUGUAAAUGAAGCUCUGAAGAUGGAUCAGCAGUGUGAGGAUGAAGUUAUUCAUGCAGGUGUAUAUCGGGUAGAUGAACUCCAAGCAGAAGUGGAAGAAGAGGUCAGCGCAGGGGUAGGACAAGACUGCUCAGCAGAGGAGGAACUGGAAGAGAGGGGCCUGCCGCCGGCCGACGAGCUGAACCGGCGCGUGGAGGACUUCAUCGCGAGGUUCAACAUGGAGAGGCAGCUCGAGGAGGCACAGAUGCUCGUAUGCUGCUGCUGAGCACUACGUACUACGUAGAAUGCAUGUUUUCAUAUCAAGAUAGGAGUUACAUAUGUACUAGAGAUGUUGUAAUUAACUUAAUGCUCAUGCAACACUGCUGUAAAUAACGAACUGAAGUGAUUUGGAAGAAGUGGGCAACCUUUUUGAUA